CUCUUUUUUCGGGACUUGCGCUGCAUGCUUUGCAUUAGACCGAUACAUUUAGCGAGCAGCACCUAAAGGUGCUUAAGCUCGCGCUGAUCUUUGCCUGGGUGUGUCGUCCCACAAGGUGUGUCAGUUGACUUGGUGCCAGAAACAGGAGAAUACAUUCGUCCAGUUCAUACGAGAAAAAAGGUGAAGACUGACACGGGUGACAAAUCCACCAGAAGUUUCGGACUCGGGGAGCUCUCGUUUAGCUGGACUUCCUCUCGCGGAGCGGGUCAAAGUCCACUUUUAAUAGGAAAAAAAAAAAUGGCGAAUGUUUUAAUUUUCACAGUUUUCUUCGCGGUGUCGGUCACCUCCGGAGCGGAGUCAUGUUUAAUCCCCAGCUCGCUCUACGUGCUCGUGCCACAAACUAUCCCGGCUGGAUAUCAGGUCGCAAAAGUUAAGGCAGCCGACUGUGACCCCAAUUCGUUGCAGUUGACUCUGAAGGACCCCAGUUUUACGAUACAGAUUAAUGGAGAGAUAACAACACUGACUCCUGUGUCUCUGGCAUCCGGAGAGCGGACAUUUUCUGUGAGAGCUCAGGACAAUAGUGGGCCGGGCAGUGAGAUGGAAGUUCACCUUGUUUGUCAAAAAAUGCAGGAGACAAACCAAAAAGGCCAAGUCUUGCUGAGGCGCACCAAAAGACGCUGGGGAGUUGCACCCUUGAACAUAAGGGAGAACUACAAGGGGGCUUUUCCUCAACUUAUUGAGAGGAUUGUUUCAGAUUCUGCAGCCAACUAUACUGUGUUCUACGACCUCAGUGGAAAAGGGGCGACCGAAUUCCCAUUUGACGUCUUCUUUAUCAACCGUAUUACCGGCGAUCUGUUCGCGAACCAACCAGUGGACCGUGAAGAGAUUGCAGUAUAUAAAUUGAGCGUCAGUGCUACAGACCAACGUACCGGUCAGCAAAGAGACUUACCUUUGGGCAUUGAAGUAGUUGUGGAUGAUGAAAAUGAUAAUGCUCCAGUUUUUCAAGGCUCACUAGAUUUUUCUGUGCCGGAGCAAAGCCUCGGUGUGAAGGUGGGGGUGGUGCAGGCCACAGAUAAAGAUGACCCUAACACUGACCAUGCUAGGUUUAUUUUCAAAAUCCUAUCGGGAGGUGACAAUUUUGCCAUCAACUCAAACACGGGUGUAAUCACCACAAAGACCAACACUCUGGACAGAGAGGUGCUAGAUAAGUACAUGGUGACAAUAGAGUGCAGAGACAUGAAAGGUGCACCCAGUGGUCUGAGCAAUACAGCGACUGCAACAAUUAGACUGACUGAUAUCAACGACAACCCACCAACUUUCACCAAAACAUCUUAUACAGCCACUAUUCCAGAAAAUGAAAAAGACAAACUCAUCCUGAGAAUCCCCGUGGAGGACAAGGAUUUAAUGUACACACCCAACUGGAUUUCCAAAUUUGUCAUCACAAAAGGAAAUGAAAAUGGAAAUUUUAGGAUUGAUAAAGACCCAAAGACAAAUGAUGGACUUCUUUAUGUUACAAAGCCCUUAGAUUAUGAAACGAACAAAAAUGUAAAGCUGGAGAUUUCGGCUCGCAACGAAGCUGAGCUCAACGGCACCACCGCCCAGUGGCAGACCGUCCCCGUGGAUGUCGCCGUCACCGAUGUUGAUGAAGGCCCAGAAUUCUUCCCACCUACCGUCCUCUUCACCAUCAAAGAAAACCUACCAAACGGCACUUUAAUAGGAACUUACUCAGCUCUUGAUCCUGAGACCAGAAAGAGUGAUGGCAUCAUGUAUUACAAGCUCUCUGACCCAGGUAUGUGGGUUAAUGUGGACAAAAAUACCGGAGAGCUGAGAGUUGCAAACACAAUUGACAGAGAGUCAGAUCUUGUCCAUGAUGGAAUGUACAACAUCACCGUGAGAGCUGUUGACCCCUCUUCCAAGUCAGGAAUUGGAACAGUCGUUCUUGUGAUCGAGGAUGUCAAUGACAACCAGCCAGUCAUCCCACCUCAACUGGUGAUGUGUGAGAGCAAAACGGACCAGCUUAGCUCCUUGUUGAUCAUGCCUGAAGACAAAGACCUGAGCCCAUUUUCUUCACCCUUUAGCUUUAAUUUAUUACCUGAGUAUGAAGAGAAAUGGUCUCUGAAAGCAUUAAAUGCAACUACUGCCACGCUGGCACAGGUGAAACCACUUCCUACAGGGAUAUACGAGGUUGGCAUGAUCGUCAGAGAUCUGCAGGGAUUUGGUGAAAAACAGACGACGAAAGUAACAAUCUGCCAGUGCCGGGCUGGAGUCUGCCUGGCCAAGCGGAGCUCUGUGGCUUUAGGGCCAAUGGGCGCCUUGGCUUUGUUUCUGCCUCUGGCUCUCCUCCUCUUGCUCUUCUUAGUCCUUGCCAUUUUCUGCAGUACAAAGGGAGAUAUUGCAAAAUUCGAUGAAUACGGAAACACCGGUGGAAUUCUGCUAGCGUCAAACACAGAAGCCCCGGGAGACGAAGUGGAUUCUAAUCUCAUUAUUGCUCCUACCACGGGGCUUGAUCACGCAGUUAAAGGCUCCAAAAAAGGUUCUGUGGUGAAUACAGGAUGGCUGGGAAACAUUAGCUCGAGCACAAUCGGAGGCCACAGCAUGCAUGACUUUGGAUACCAACCUGGCAUAAUCACGACUAACCUUCAUGAAUACACUUCCAGCCAGUAUGAUCGCAGCGGUCAGCUCGUUGGUAAUGGCAUGGAUUACGGGCAGUUCAGCCAAGACACAUCCUAUAUGGAGACCUAUCGAACAAAUCAGCUCCUCCUCGAUCGAAAAACGUUCGCCUUUGUGACCGAGGACGACGGACGGUUCGCAGAAGACAUCGUCCACUCUUACAGGUACGAGGGGGCGGGCUCCGACGCCGGCUCCGUGGGGUGCUGCAGCGAUCAGGGCGACAGCGCUAACCUCGACUUUCUAGACGCGCUCGGACCAAAGUUCAAAACGCUCGCGGACGUUUGCACGAAGUCGUGAACAAAGACUGUUAACGGAGCUGACUAUUCACCGUACGGGAAUCGGAGAGCUGGCGUCUGAAUGCUCGUCGCACCCUCUGAACUGUGUCCGUGUUGCUUUUUCUUGUUUUGUUUGUGGGAAGCUUUUUGGUAAAAAGUCUUUUGCACUGAAAACUAAGCAGAUGCUUUAGUUUGACAUGGGCUGCAUUCCUGUGCGUUAAUUUCACUCCCAAAAGUUUAUAUGAAGAGAUGCAAUGUUUUUUAGUCUUUUUAUCAAAGUGUUUAUGAAUCUUAUGUGUUCAUGUGACAUGUGUGGUUAAUUUGUUUGUUACCAUAGAUUUAAAAAAAAAAAAAAAGUUUUUUAAAAGAAAAGAACCUUAAUGAACAAAGACUUUAAUGCAAAUGCCUUUUAAUGACAUUUCAUUUAGUAUUUUAUGUCAAGUCACACAUUAACAUCCGUUUUCAGAAUUCUGUGGGUUGUUCUGCAGCCAUUUUCAACUGGAAGUCGAUCCAUUUUUAAUUUUUUUCUUCUGUCAUGCACUAAUUGUCUGUGCAAGCACAUUCUGGCUGCACUGGAAUGUGUUUACAGUUAACUGGGUGUAGGUUUGGGCCCUCCGUCGGUGAGGUUGCGACAUUCUGACGGCGCUCUUGUGAAAGUCGACACAAGGGCGUGAACGGGAGGGAGG